UUCUAGGAUUCCCGAGAAUUCGCAUAAAAUAUUCUUAAUGGACUAACAUAGUAAUAGUAUUAUUUUAUUACACGAAAUUGGGUGAUUUCCUUCUAUAGAAACCUAUAAAUACCCGUUGGUCGUCGCCAAAUUCCUCCUUCCUCACAACUCUUUCUCCUUCCUCAUAACUCCUCUCUGCUUUUUGCCAUUCAACUUGUUUUUCACUCACAUCUAAAUAUAUGGACGGAAUAGUGAACAAAGCCGUUGAAGAACUAUGUAUACAAGGUUGCAAAGGCUGUGCUUCAGUUCCUAUCAGCAAUCUCUGGCUCAAACUAAAACCCUACCUUUCAAUCAACGGCCUUGCCCUCUGUGGUAAUGUAAAAAAGGGUAUUUUGUCUAAUCUUAUUAACAUUCCAGGUCUCGAAUUCGAAACGAAAGACGGUAAUAAUUUGGUUAAGUGUAGUGUGGAAGAAAGGGAAAUAUUGGAUGAUUUGAAUAUCGUUGUACCGGAGCAGAUGCUUGAUAACUUUAGUAGGAUUCAUGAGGUUGAGGUCUCAAAGUCUAAGCUAUCUAAACAAGAGUUAGAAGCGCUUCAUCUUCGCAAAAGAGUCCUUCAACGCAUCGCCAUUGCAAGAGCAAAUGGAAUUACCCAGAGUGAGCUUACCAAGGAAUUCAACACUAAAGCCAAUAACUUCUUCCACAUAUUAAAAGAGCUUAAAACUCUCGGACUGAUUCUGAGUCAUCAAGUUGUUUGGGAAAAUGAGACAUCCAACGACGGAAAACUUAUAAAUAAGCAUAUUUCUACCAAUAUGCUUUAUCUAAGCCUAUAUGGAAAGCAUUUGCGCUAUCACCAGAGACUUGAAAUCAGAAAGAGAGGUUUGAUGAAGGAUGAUAGAGAGGAUGUGCUUAUAAAAGAUGGUCUGCGCAUUUUGAGAGAUAUCUGUAAUAUUCUUGAAAAAGCUAAGGGGAAGGUUAUUCUCAUCUCAAAUAUUAAAAAGGACCUAGGUUAUCGAGAUGCUGCUGGACAUAAAAGAUGGGCAAAUAUCUUGCGCAAGUUGACACAAGCUCAGGUCGUGGAGGUAAUUGAAGUAAGUAAAACAGUAUUAACCAAAGCUGCUAAUAAUAUUUGUACUUCUCCAUCUUCAGUAUGGAUGAUACUACUUUCAUUAUAAUCCAACUUGUGGGGUUCCAGUUCUAUGUUUAAUUAACUGUUGUACUUAGUUUCCUAUGUAUCCAAUAGCAGCAUGAAAUUUCAAUGUGCAGAAAAACUUCUAGGCUCAUCAUUGAAGUAGUUGUUUAUAUACUGAUAUUAAGAUCGUCAAGGGUAGAAGAAAAAUGAGAAAUGAAAGAAAGAUGUAAAGUCGUGGAUUAUGGAUAAGGAGUCCAUAAUACAACUUGUGGGGUUCCAGUUCUAUGUUUAAUUAACUUGAGAUUAUUUAGCAUUAUGGAUAAUACCUCAGCUCCUAAAAUAAAUAGGGCUGGGGAUAGUGGAUCUCCUUGCCUCAAUCCUCUGGUAGAAUGGAAAAAACCUUUUCUGGAACCUUUGAUCAAUAUAGAAUACCAUAUGUUUGAAAUAGAUCUACAAACCAGAUCCACCCAAAUUUCAGAAAAAAUUUAUCUUCUCAAUACUGCCUUUAUGAAUUGCCAAUUAACCCUAUCAUAAGCCUUUGAAAUAUCCAACUUAAUGAUCACAUUUCACCAUUUUUCUUGUUUCUGAUACCAUGUAUGAUUUCUUGAGCUAGUAAUACAUUUUCUGUAAUAAGUCUCCCAUUAACAAAGCCUGAUUGAUUGUCAGAUAUGAGCCUCGGAAGUAUACAAGUCAGUCUAUUACUCAUGAUCUUGGAAAUAAUCUUGUGAGAGAAGUUUGAGAGACUGAUAGGUCUCAUUUCAGAGAAAGAAGAGGGAUUCUGAACUUUUGGAAUAAGAACAAUACAAGUGCUAGAGAAGAACUUAGUGAGUUAAGAUCCUUUGAAGUAGCUUUGAACAGUACCAUGAGAUCCUUCUUAAUAAUAUCCCAGCAUACUUGAUAGAAGUGCCCGUUAAAACCAUCGGGUCCUGGAGCACUGUUAGGAUUAAGUCCAAACACUACUUCUCUGAGCUCGUCUUCCAUAGGUAUACUAGUAAGAGACUCAUUUUCAUCUUGAUUAAUUACUUGAUUGAUGCAGUCCAGAUAUUGAAGGUUUGGGCUUCCAUCUUCCUUGAAUAACCUCUCAAAGUGUCUAAUAGCCUCUUCCCCAAUUUCUUUGUCUCCACUUAUCCAUUGGCCCUCAUGAUGUUUGAUUCUGUGUAAUGUAAGCCUUUUAUUUUUGUCAUUGAUAAUAGAACGAAAAUAUUUUGUAUUUGAAUCACCUUCAUCUAGCCACCUGAUGUUGGGUUUUUGUCUUAGAAGGGAGUCCUCAUAUUUGAGCCAUUUGGUAUAGAUAGCUUGAACCUUAGGCAUUUCUUCUCUUACCUCAGCUCUGUCGGCAUCAAUAUAUUGAUCUUCCAGGACUUGCAUUUUGUUUUCCCAUUCUUUGACAUGAUUAUGAACGUUCCCAAUUUGUUCCCUGGACCACUUACUGAUAUUUUUGCUUAGACUUUUCAAUUUUUGCUGAAAUCUCCACAUGAUGUUGCCCUGAUAAUAUUCCUGCCAGCUUUCUUCAACAAUAUUUCUGAAUUGAGGUUCAUCAGUCCAAAAGUUUGAAAUUUUGAAGUAUCUUAUACCUUGAAAAUCAGUAUUAGAACACUUGACUAGCAUUGGUGUAUGAUCAGAUCCUGUGCUAGCUAAGUGUUCUACACUGAUUCUUGGAUACAUCGUAGUCCACUCCUGAUCGAUAAGAACUCUAUCCAACCUUUUCCAUAUUCUGUGCCUUUUAGCCCUAGCAUUACAUCAAGUAAAUCUAGGACCUGAAAAACCAGCAUCUACCAUACCACAUUCUUCCAUGCAAUCAAUAAAAUCCCAGCUUUUCUGCGUUCUGUGAGGAUUUCCACCUUUCUUUUCUUCAGCAUCCAUGAUAACAUUGAAAUCACCGGAUAAGCACCAUGGACCAUUAAUAGUGUUGCAACAAUCUUGUAAACUUUCCCAUAAAGAUUUUCUCAGGUGCUCCUUAUUCUUAGCAUAAACAAAAGUCAUCCAGAAAUGUCUAAAUUGUCCUUUUGUUUGAACUUAAUAGUAACUUGUUGAAACUCAUUUAAGAUCACAGUGGCCUCAAAUAAAGAGGUCCAGAAGAUCCAUAUUUUACCAUUGGGGUUGCUGCAACAAUUAUCCAUACCAAUCCAUCUUUUGUGAAGAUUAAUAUAAUCCUUAUCAAUAAAAAGUUCUAGUAUUGUAAUAGUUUGAAGCUUAUGCAUUUUUGUGAGAAAUUUAAGUCUUUCAAAAGCCCCUCUGGACUUUACCCCUCUAAUAUUCCAUGUAAUUGUAUCAAUCAUAGGUAACCAUAGCUGUUGAGGCACUGCUUUUGGAUGCCUUUACUUUUGCCCUUGUGAGAGAACCAGAGAAUAUUUUUUGAUGUCCAAAUCUGUUGGAUCUGUUUCUAGGAGAUAGAUUGCCUUGCAUAAUAGUGUCAUUUUUAAGUUGAUUAACCGCAUCAUCAGCUUCUAUAUCUAGCCAUGAUGUACUGGGAGCGAAAGCUCUGAUAAGAUCUUCUUCAUCUGUAGAAUUGCAUUCUUCAUAUUCAUCCUCUUAUUCUUCCUCUAUAUAGUUGCCAUCUUCAUUGCUUUCUUCUACAAUAUCAUUAGUAUCUUCCUGGGAAAUCCUUGUCUGGAUAGGGGAAGUAUGGAACUGAAAAGGACCCUGAGAAACCAGUAUAGGUGGGGCAGAUUUGUUUUGUGAACAGCUCAUUGAUGGACAGCUAAGCUAAUGGCUUUUUGGUUCUUUGCUUUCUCCGCUACUUUAGAAUCUGAAAUAAUAGUCCCAUUGUCCUCUUCAACCACAUUGAGAUGCAUAAUAGGUGAUUGUAGUAUACCAUCUGAUCUAGCAUUAAUAUUAUUGGCACUGAUAGAUUGGGAUGAGGUAGGGGAUGAUGCAGCAUUUGAGAUAAAUGAUCCUUGUCUUUUGUUAGCAUAUUCUGCUUCAGCAUGGCUAUUCAUAUGCCUUUGUUGUGAUACAGGAGAAGCAUGUUGCCCUGUUUCAUUGUGAUUCUGAAAAUUCUCUUAGAGCUGAAUCAAAUGUUGGAAAGAACUCUUCACUGGAAUAGAAGUAGCAUGAGGAACUGAAAUCUUGGCAUUAAUAUGUUCAAUCACAUUAUCUGCUCCUUCAUUUUGAGUAGUACUUCGAGAUUUAACGUUAACAACAAUAUUAGGCUCUAUCAAUUGCUUGAGUUGUUCUUGUUUAUCAAUUUGAGCAGGAGGACUGAUAGCUUUGGCUCUCCACUGCAUGACUUUUUUCUUAGCAAGCUUAGCUCUAAUACCAUUGUGAAUAUUGUGCCUUUUCUUGUCUUUAACCUUCUUUGGAGCAGGAGCAGGUCUUGAAGGACCAGCUGGAUGAUUCAUAUCUUGGUUACCUUGAUGUUUGUUAUCAGUGAGCAUUUGACCUUGAUGUCUGGUAACAUCGAGAGCCUGAGCAUUUGUCUUGACAACAUUCCUAUUGGUAUUGGAGUUCAGUUGUUGUGUUCGGUUGAGGUUAUCCUUCUGAUGUUGGAUAGGAGCCCCAGCUUGGGCGUGAUCAUAAUUUCCUUUAUUAUGAGGUUUGUUAGCCUUAGGGAUAGCCAAACAAUUAUCUUCAAAGUGCCCCUGGUGUUUACAAUUAAAGCAAUAAUCUGGGACAAAAUCAUAUUCAAUCGGCUGAUAGAAACCACCACAUUCCAUCCCUUCAUCAUUUCUUAUUCCAACCCAAAUAAAUUCCCUUCUUUGUUUAGUGAGGUCAAUUUCAACAAGGAUUUUAGCAAAAUUUGGUCUCGACUUGACCUCUGUAGCUUUGUCUAUUUUCAGAGGGUUCCUAGAGGGGAAGUAAUUCUCACUAGUGCAUCCCAAUUAUAGUAAUGCCAUUUAAGCUCGGGAAGAUGAAUCCAGAAGGGGGUUAAGGGGGUUUCUUCCUCCGGAUUGAAAUCAAUAGUCCAAGUCACUAAUCGCAUAAGAGACCCCAAAACCAUGAAUUUCCUCUUAGAAUAAUUAUUAAGAUAAUCCUCUUCUAGACUAAAAUCCAUGAAAAUAUGUUUUGGAUUAUAAUGCCCAAUGUUUACCUUACCUUUAAGAGUGAAUCAUGCAGCAAAAUCUCUUCGAAUAUCCUCGAGACCCUCAUGAGAGAAAUUCCCAAUUAGAGUGUGUUUACAGUCUUUCGCAAGCUCGAUCUCUUCUUCAAUGGUAAAGAAUACCGCCGAUUUCCCUUUGUGAAUUUCCGGUGGCCUGUGAUUGAGUCUGGUCUUUGAAGUCGGAAUUAACCUCAUAUUCAGAGCAUCAGCAUAGUUUGGUUCAUUAAUUCCAGUGGACUGUUCACCGGAAGGGCCUGUAGUAGCCCUAAUCAGAGCUUCUUUAGACGUCAGAUUCAUAUCGGAAAGUUGGAGUAGCUGUUAUAAAAGUGAAUUAGCCGUUGGAGUUUUUGGUACAGUAGUUGAGAAAGGAACUCCUGCUUCUCUUUCUGAUUGGUGGCACUUUUUUCAAAUAGACUUCUCUCUGCAUUACAGCGUCUUUUAAACACCAUCUCUUUGUAUUUAUUAGUAAUAUAAAACAUUUGACCCCUCUCUCUCUCGCCAAAACUGUCCAUGUCCAUCUACUUCUAUGUCCCAAUCUCACAAUCUGACCCUAUACAUCAUCUUCUACCUUUCCACUUCUCCUUUCUCUUUUGAACCUUGAUACGUAUAAUAGUGAGUUGCCAUUUUCUGAUAAAGAAAUUGACGAUGCGGGUGGAUUUCGGCUAUAAAAUGAAGUCUCAACUCGUCGGAGUAAACCAUCAAACAAUUUCAUCAUGUCAAGCUCAGACGGCAGCGAUGAAUUUGAAGGCAACAGUGAGUAUGAGGAAGAGGAAAAAUAUAGUGAGGAAGAUGUGGAACAUGAUGAAGAAGAUGAGGGUGGUGAAAAUGAACAUGAAGAUGAUGAGGGAGAUGAAGAUGAACAUGAAGAUGAUGAGGAAGAUGAAGAUGAGGCAGAUGAAGAUGAACAUGAUCCCUAUGCAGAAGAGGAGGGGGUCACAACUUCUCCAGCUAGCUUAUAAUGCCGGGAUGAGAAACUGCGGUGAUAUGGUACCUGAGUGGAACUACAAAAAUUCGGCGACCGCACCUAUGCGAAUUCAAUGUCGUUCCUGUUUGCAUGACCAUUGGGCAAUAAUGGAUGAUUCUUACUGCAAGUCAUGUACUGUCGCCAAUGUUCCUCGUCCAUACUAUGAUACUAUGGAGUUUUGAUGGCCUUUUGGGGCCGGUUCGUUACGUUAAUCCACCUACAUUUGUCGUGCCGAUGGUUGUCAAUGGUGUAUGCUAAUGCUACAUACGAUUUUAUGGGUUUGCCGAUAGAGAGGAGAACAGUAGUAAGAUUUUUCUUCAUUGACUUCUAUGAUGAGGAUAGUUCGGUUGUUGAGGUGGCGGAGUUGGCUGCAAAUGAGUCUGGGAGCGAUGAUGAGAAAUGAAAGAGGGUGUUGAAGGAUUUGAUUUGUAUGCUCUUAAUUAGUAAUAUUGUUGAGUAAAAGUAACUACUUUUAAUAGGAGUACACUCUUUUGUAAUGGAACUUGACAUGCUUGGUAAUAUAUGCUUUAUAUUUAGGAGGAAAGAAUCAUUAUUUUGGUGGACGCCUGGUUUUUUUUUUUUUUUUUUUUUUAGCGUUAAAUACAUAUAUUAUUUUUCUACUUUGUCAUAAUUUUUAUAUCUUUUUAACAUCAGAUUCGGGCUUACAGUUUAAGCCCACUGCCCGUAUACGUCAUUAAGGUAAAUAAAGCCCAAACCUUGCCCAAACCUUAAAGCAAGUUUACUUUAACAAAAUGUCUUAAAACACCUCCUCGUACCAAUUACCAUAAUGACUAUACUUGAUAUACAAACAUCCAAA